CACCAUUCAAUUAUCGUCCACUUGACCACUGCUUUCACCGCUCAUGCAUAAACAUGUACCUACCUAUAAAGAGACUCUCUUGUUGAAGAAUUCAAUACGGAGAUGACGAUGAAGGAGGGUACCUACCACGCAACAACACUGCUGUGCUGUGGUUGUUUGUUGUGGCCCAGCUGUAACCCUGGCAACGACCAGGGAACCCUUGGAUAUUUACGUAUCGCACAGGGUUGAAUCCCGAAGGGGUUCUGUUUUGGCGUAGGUAGCAGGAAGCUAACCCCUCACGAAUAGAUCCUUGACUGUGGUAUCGAUUAUUCAAUCCUCAAGAACUGCUCGUGGAAAACUUGACUCUUGAAAACGAGUUUGGCCUUUCGCCUUCCAAUCAUUCCUCGGUAAGAUUCCGUCUAAGAAGGAACUACUUCGUUCCAAUUCACCGCGGUUCAAGUUCAAAGUGCGCGCAUCGCAAUGCCCAUCACCACUCCCAAGGUCCCGGAUGGCCUUCCGGAGCUGAUGCGAGGUUUGGCGAAGAGUGUCAUCAAAGAAAACCCGGAAAAUAUCUACGUUCACGCGGCGGAGUAUUUCGAGAACUUGAUACGGGAACGCGAUGGCGGUCUGGAUCGGGGUUACCAGAACUUUAGUGCGUAUAAAGUGUACGCGGACUAUAAGGAAAAGUGUCGAGGCAAAGGUGGAGGCAAUGAAAGUCUCAGUGGUGGUGAAAUUCCUAGUUCUGCAGGAGGAGUGGCCGUUCGGAGCAGAAUGGCAAGCGACGGGGAUGACGACAGCGGAGGAAGCGCUUCGGCCACUCGAGGACGUCGGAAGAAACGCGUAAGAAAGCAGGGAUCGAAGGAGUCGAACAAGUCGCUGGAGAAGCAGGAAUCGAUUGGAUCGAUAACGGAAAACGGCGGAGAGGAAGAGAAGAAGCCGACAAGUGCGGACGGUUCACUUCAGGAAAGUUUGAUUCCCAUCAAGGAGGACACUCCGGAUAUAGAGGAAGCGGUGGUUAAAGUGCAAGCGCACCUGGAAUGCCAGGCCCCGAGGGAAAGACCAUUCAACAAAUCGGUUAGUGUGGAUUCGGUAGCUGCGGCAAGCGCGGUGAGCAGCGUUCUGCAAGAUGCCGGUGAAGAAGCAGAUGAUGCUGAUAGGGAAACCGGAGAAGCCAUCGAAACGCAAGUGGAAGCGGAUUUAGCAGCAGAAUUGGGACACCCGAUUAACUGCGAAGACGUGGAUUCAUAUCCGCCAGAUGAAACGGAGGACGAUCCAGAAGCUGGGAAUGGCGAAGACUACGGAAGUGCUCCAAGUACUGCUGAAGUUGGUGGGGAAGUGAUCGGCGACGCGGAAGUUUUGGUGAAUGAUGCUCCACCGAAUGGAAGUGAUCAAGUGGUUGUGAUUGAAAGCUCACAGAAGAACUCAGAUGAGGUGGAUCUGUCGGUCGAUGAUGUAGCAAACAAUAACGAAGAACCUCUCGCAAAUGGAUCAGUAGAAGAACAAAUCGACGGUGCGGCUGAAGCUUCGGUUGAAAAACAAGAUUCUGCUGAAGUACAAAUUGAAGGUGUUGAUACUGUCGACGAAUCAGUUCCGGUGGUGGAGGAAGUUGAUGAAUCAGUUCCAAACCUACCAGACGUUCCAACCGAAGAACCGAAUAUCGAAGAAGUGGAAUCUGGUGAUACAGAGGAAGUUCAAGCGGAACCAAUCGUUGAUGAACCGAACGAGCAAAAACCAGUCGAUGAUGAGACAAAAGAAGACAUUGUAGAAGAUGCAAACGUUAUCAAAUCUUCAAAGGAAUCAUCCGUUGACAAAGUGGAUGAAGCAUCUGCAGCAGAUGACGCAACCAAGGAUGGAAAAGUGAAAAGUGAUGCGAUUGAGGAUGGUGCAGAAGGACAGGAAGUACCGUCGAAUAAAGCAGAUUCGAUUGAAGAAGUUUCGCCAAAAGAAGUAAACGAAAACGGUUCAGCAUCACCGCCAUUGGUAAAGUCGGAGUCGAAGGAUAACGAAACAGUUGGUGUUGCGUCUUCGCCUAAGCAAAUCAGAAGUGUCGAAGAUGAUACAAACGGUAACCCGAGUGGUGAAGGGCCAGUUGACAAGGCCGUCGAAGAAGUUGCAGAAGAGUCAUCACCGGUAGCUGUUGAAGGCCCCGAAGACGAGCAAGCAGAUCCAUCAGAAGCACAACCAGAAAACGUGAACGGAAAUGAAUCCGGUGGUUCGUUAGAUAAUCCUCCAGAAAACGGAGCGCCCGUCGAUAAUGUACCAGAAGAAGUAGAAGUGUCUGCGUCUAAAAAUCCUGAAGCCACUAAAUCGAACGGAAAAUCAGGUGAAGCAACACCGCUGAAAUCGGAGUCUGUAGAACAAAUUGACGCGCAAUCUGCGGGAGAGGAUAUUCCGUCGGAAUCUGCAGAAAAUGUUGAGUCCAAUGAUGCACCAGGUUCGGAGGCGACUGCUCAACCGGAAGAUGGCGUUCAGGAGAAUUCAAAUGGAUCUGGUGAAGAGAAAGGCAAGGCAUCAAAGGAGCCGUCGCUGGACAAACCGGAAUCAGAGAAGGGUGAGAGCGCAGAUGAACCAAAGUCAAGCGGAUCAGCUGCGGCAUCCAGGGAGCCGUCGGUUGAUAAAGUGGAGUCUGAGAAGGAAGGAAGCGCAGACGAACCUAAGUCAAGUGGUUCAGCUAAGGCAUCCAAUGAGCCUUCCCUGGACAAACCGGAAUCCGAGAAGAAUGGUAGCCAGGAAGAACCAAAGUCUGACAAACCGGAAUCAGAAAAGGACGUCAGCGCAGAUGAACCAAAAUCAAAUGGAUCAGCCCAGGCGUCCAAGGAGCCAUCGCUGGACAAACCAAAAUCAGAGAGUGUGGAUGAACCGAAGUCUGGUGGUUCAGCCAAGUCGUCCAAGGAGCCAUCGCUGGACAAACCGGAAUCAGAGAAGAACAUGAGUGCAGAUGAAGUGAAGUCUGGCGGUUCAGCCAAGUCGUCCAAGGACCCGUCGCUGGACAAACCGAAAUCAGAGAAUAACGAAAGCGCUAUUGAACCCAAGUCAAGUGGUUCAGCUAAGGCAUCCAAGGAACCGUCGCAAGACAAUCCAGACUCCGAUAAGAACGGAAACAUGGACGAACCAAAAGCAAACGGAUCUGCUAAGGCAUCCCAGGAGACAUCGUUGGACAAACCAAACUCCGAGAAGGACGACGGUAGCGUUGAAGAACCAAAAUCAAGUGGUUCAGCGAAAGCAUCCAAAGAACCGUCGCUAGAGCAAGCGGAACCCGAUCUGAAAUCCGAUGGUUCAGCCAAAGUUCCCUCACUGGACAAAACGGAAUCCGAGCUGGACCAAUCGAAUGGGGAUCAGUCGAAGGAAUCGUCUGCCAAGGAAUCGGCAGGGGAAUCGGGUUCGGUGGAAGCAGUGACUGCACCGGAUGAGGGAGGGUCUGCAGAUGCCGGUGAGAUGUCCAUGAGCAGUCGAAUGGGAGACGACGAACAGGAGCCGGAAUCGGAAGCGGUUGAUGAACCGUCAGCUCCUCCGAUGGAAGAUGAAGAAACGGGUGAGACUGGCGGGGAAGAUAAGGUGAAGUCAGAUGAAUUGAAAACUGAAGACGAUUCGGCGAAGAAUGAUGGCAACGGAGAAGAAACAACUGCUGAUCAGGUCAACCAGGGAGACGACGAAGAAACAGACGAAUCGAAAGAAGAAGUUGUAGAAGAGCCAUGCAUCCAGCGGCAAGUUUCUCCGUCAGCUUCGAAAAUUCCAAGCAAGCAACCUAGCGUCGAAUUGGACGACAUCAAAAAAGUUGAUCUAGCAUCGUUCAACAAGGACUCGGCGGAAGCUUUGUUCUACACAUUGAAGAAGUCGGAGCUGGAGAACCAGGAGAGUCAGGCAACUAAACCAGAAGCUAAGGUUGAAAACGGCGUGGAAGAAAAUGAAGAUGAUGACGACGACGUAGUGGUGACAGAGGAACCACCCUCGCGAGUUAGUCGUGUAUCACCCAAACGAAGCUUUACCGAUAAUUUUUUAGAGAGUAGCCCCAUCACUGAUGAAGUCAGCAAAUCUGCUGAAGGUGAUGGGGUUGCGGACCAGGAUGGUGUCGAAGAAGACGAAAACCAGCAGUUUAAUCCAAUGUUUGCAGCUAGUGUUCGCAACAAGCAACUGCAAGAUCAACUGCAUUCCAGGUUUUCACAAGACGAUACGAGCAAGCUAGACAAUUCGACACGAAGAGCAGCGAUGCAUAGAAGUAUGACGGAGCGUAUGGACUUGGCAAGGCAGGAUACAAAUUAUGUGGAUUUGAGGAAAUAUGAUCCAGAUUACGUGGAGGAGGAAGAUCAGUUCGACGGAUACUACAUCGGAAAUUUAAAGCACAAAAUCCUAGCUAGUUCGGUAUCGGUGGCAGACUCAGACUAUUAUGAUCAGGAACAAGCCGAAGGAUCCAUGGAUGACAACAAUGUACAAACGGCUUUGGAGACAAUAGCAUCGACGGAUACCGAGUCUACGCUGCCUUCACAGACCACCAUUCAGGCGAACAGAGGUUUCUUGAAACGAGGAUCGCAGAAUACGUCGUCGAACAUACCGUACGCAUCGUUCGGGAACAAUGCGAUCAACCAGUCGCUGGACGACUUCAUCGAACGCGAAGAGCAGAUGAAGGAGGCCGAGGCACAAGCAGCAUCGACGAUUCAGCGGUCGUACCGACGAUUCCGUACGAACAAAAAGAAACUCCUAAGGGACUAUCACAGCACAAUGCAGACUUUCACAGAGGAUCAGUCAACCGAAAGUCUCGAGGACUAUCCGAGCAGUGUGAUCCAGAUCAAGCUGGACCGGAAGCAACCGGAGGAGAGCGACAAUUCUUUUGAAGACGCUCGCAGCGAAAACCGUCGACGGCCGAUGUACAGUUUGAACAUCGAUGAGUACGAUACGGCGGCUCGACGAAUGACGUUAACUCGAGGGGUGGCAAUGCAACGGAACUCUACGCCAGAAGAAGACUCCGGCAAGUCGGACAAUGCAUCCGGUGAGAAGAAGUCUGCAAGUGAACCAGCCUCGAACCUGGCCAUAACGGAAGGCACUCCAAGAACGUCGAGCGAUUUGUCGUCGGAGGAGAAGAAGAGCAGCACCUCCAGCGACGAGAAGGAGAACAAGGACAACAGUUCGUCAAAAUCAAGUGGCGGAGGGAAGGAUUCGGCCUGUGAGUCAGCAAGCACUUUGAACGAACGAAGGAAGAGUGCCUCGAUGGACGUCCAGAAACUGUUCAUCGCCCGUCAGCGUACGAUGCCGGUACAGAUCGAAACGACGGUGAUGAGGGCCCAGCCGAAGCACCUGCGGAAGCGAAUCAAGAGUGCCGGGAUGAUUCGGAAGUAAGGAAGUAGGCUAUGAUAGAAGGUUAUUGGUUGAUUUGAAUUUUAAAUCGCAGAUCUUUUUAGAAUACUCAAAUGUUUGUUGUGAAGUAUUUGAUUGAUACACUCAAUAAAUUUGGAAGCAAA